GGGAGGCGCCGCCGCCGCGCUCGGGUGUCCCGGGGCCGGGCGGGGCGGUGCCGGCGCUGGCGGUGCCCCGGCGCGGGGUGAGCAUGGUGCCCUAGCGCUGGGGCUAUGUCGGAGGCGGCCCGCAGCCUCCUGCAGCGCUGGGGCGCCAGCUUCAGGAAGGGCACCGACUUCGACUCCUGGGGGCAGCUGGUGGAGGCCAUCGACGAGUACCAGAUAUUAGCAAGGCACCUACAAAAAGAGGCGCAGUCUCAGCACAACAACUCGGAAUUCACAGAAGAUCAAAAGAAAACCAUAGCUAAAAUUGCAACAUGCUUGGAACUGAGAAGUGCAGCUUUACAGUCCACCCAAUCACAGGAUGAGUUUAAGCUUGAGGAUCUGAAGAAGUUGGAACCAAUCCUAAAGAAUAUCCUCACUUACAACAAGGAGUUCCCCUUUGAUGUUCAGCCUGUCCCACUCAGGAAGAUUUUAGCACCUGGAGAAGAGGAACACUUGGAGUUUGAGGAGGAUGACGAGGAAGGAGGAGCUGGAGCAGGGUCUCCAAAUUCUUUUCCUGCUAGGGUUCCAGGUACUUUGUUACCCAGAUUGCCAUCUGAACCCGGGAUGACGUUACUCACUAUCAACAUAGAGAAAAUUGGUCUGAAAGAUGCUGGGCAGUGCAUUGAUCCUUACAUCACUGUCAGUGUAAAGGAUUUAAAUGGGAUAGAUCUGACUCCUGUGCAAGAUACUCCCGUGGCUUUGAGAAAGGAGGACACAUAUGUCCAUUUUAAUGUGGACAUCGAGAUUCAGAAACACAUUGAAAGACUAACAAAAGGUGCAGCUAUUUUCUUUGAAUUCAAACACUACAAGCCUAAGAAAAGGUUUACUAGCACCAAGUGCUUUGCUUUCAUGGAGAUGGAUGAAAUUAAACCUGGGGCAAUUGUUAUAGAACUGUACAAAAAACCCACUGACUUUAAAAGGAAGAAAUUGCAACUGUUGACCAAGAAACCACUUUACCUUCACCUCCAUCAAACACUGCACAAGGAAUGACCCUAGUUGUGAGACUUCUGUGAACUGAACCACACGUCCUGGUAGCUGUGUGUAGUAGCCUUAGCCUCCGAGGGGCGGAAAGAUCCGACUGUAUUCAUGCCAGUAGGUCAGACGGGACCAUCACACACUGCACAGCACUACUUCAGGGUCAGGGGCAAGCCCACCAUGCAAGUGCAAGGUUUUUUUCAGUAACUUCCAGAUACAGAUUUUUCUGAGAGCCCUGAAAUAUGUUGAUUGCUUUUCCUAAGUUUGCUGUUCAUCACUUUUUAUCUUAACCGUUACUAUCCUUUUGCCUCAACUUCCACCCAGGGAUGGAGACUGCCCCUCUGCCAAACCUGCAGCAAUAAAGACGUGGCAGGCCUACUAACUGUUUACACUUGCUGUGCUAUUGUAGUUCCUCUCAUCUGCAUUUCAGAGUCCUCUGUAGUGGACAGGGUGGCAGAAGACUGGGAGAGAAGGAUGAGGUGGGGUGGGAAGGAGCUUGAGGUACUGCAGGUGCUUUGAAGUGAGAGAGGAGGUGGGCAGGUCGGGUGGGUGGCCACAGCACAGCUCCUCCAACAGCUGCUUGGCCGUGGUCAGGUCGAGGAGCAGGACAACUGCAGAUGAGAACACUGAACUAUGAUUUUAACAGCCUUGCCUGAUCCACUUGUACUGAUUUUUGGAUACAUGUUACAAUCCUUUAAAUCACUGUUACUCCCUAAUAGAGCUAUUUUUUUUCUGUAUCUUGUCAGAGAGUGGUUUGCAAAGGUGGGUGGGGGAUAGAGAGGCUGCUCCAGGGCUCUGUCCUGGUGGCAGUGGGUGUUUCACCAUUGCAGUGACAGCAGGACAGGCCCCUCAGUGUUGAAAUGUUGAUUUUCCAGAGCUUUGUAUAAAGCAGAUCUGGCUAGCAGGCCGACCCACCUUUUACAUGAAACUGCUGUUCUUAUGGAAACUGAUUGUAUGCAGUUUUCUGCAUAUUUUGUGCAAGUCUGGAAACUUACUCUAAAAAUUACCUUUUUAUGUAAGUAGAUAGGAUUAUCAUUUAUUUUCUAUAUUUUUGAUUUGGUGUGUAAUAAGCUGCAGGACAUUGGCUUAUUAUGACACACUUGCAUUCAUCUUUUGACCUAAUAAAGGGACAGAAGUAGAACCCAGUCAAAUUUUUCAUAUAUUUGCGUGGAUAUUUAAUACGAUACUUUAAGGUUUGAUAAACUUCUUGCAUAUCUAACCUAGUGCCUGAAUACUCUGCUAUGCUAACUGAGGACCCAGCUCCCACAAUAGUGUCAAUUAUUUUAAACAGCCUGGAUGCAGGUGUAUCAUCCAUUCGUCUUCUCUGUCAUAUAACCCCAAGAUGUUACAGUAUGAGAUGUUACUUUUCCUCCUGCUACUUGUCUGUCUCCAGGCAGGUGUUCAGCAUUUUUGGCUUUACCUUACUGAUUAGGAUAAAAAGCUGGUUUUGAAUGUCCUAA